AUGGAGGCCUCGCCCCUCACGCAGCAGAGUCGGCCGGAGACUUUUCAGCCAAAAAUUGUCCAGCUCUACGAGACGCUUUUCAAACCCGCCGAUGAUGUCGAGGAGCCCUCCGAGGGCUUCUGGAGAGAAUUCUUUCUCUUGCCGCCAGAUCGCAGUCAAUUGCACGCCCUGCUGGACGGUCUGAGCCCCGAUGAGACGUUGGGCCUGCAGACUCAAACUCGACUUCUGUUCUCACGGGCGAUCCGUGAAGCGGCCUCGAACACUGCUCCGAGUGAUGCUUACGCAUUAGAUACCUUGACGAUCUUUUUGACCAGCAUCUUGAGCAAGAAAUACACAAAUCCCAGCUCGGAUAUCAUUACCGUCCUGGCAGGUCUUGAUGAAGUUGACCAUGCCAUUUCCGAGCUCGUGACCGUUCUGGACGGUACCAUUCGCGGUGGCUCUAGCCUCGAGGUCCGACGCAAGGCAAUCCGAGUGGCUAUUGCUAUGACCAGCGGUGCUUAUAGGACAAGUCUCGUCUCCUAUUUCACCCACCGAGAUCUCUUCCCUUCGAUGAUGAAGUUCGUCCAAGACUCUGAAACCCCCAUGGAAGUGUUUGAUCCCUUCCUCCUCCUGGGACUUUUGGCGAACUAUAACAAGUUCGAGUUCCAAAACCCCUAUCAGCUGCGGCUGGAUGACUUUGUCAACGAGGCGAGCAUCCAAAAGAUAGUCAAAGGCGUUGGUAUGGCCAGUGGAGGCCUGCGCAAUGGAUAUAUCGCAGUCCAAGAUGAUAUCCCCGAAGGCUGGUCACUGACCAACACUCUGAUCUUCUUUGGACUCAGGGCUUUGGCACCAGGGGCGCGGGAUAAGGCCAACCCUCCCACCGCAGAGGAAGCCAAAGGAAUGUUUGCAGAGCUACCCGCCCAAGAGGCCGCCAUUCUGAUGGCCACCUACGACUUCACGAAAUCGAACAAGCUUUUCGGCUACCACAUGGUCCACCAAAAGCCAGAGAAAAACACGGACGAAUCAGCUUUCUCUAGCUUCCUGUCGCUGUCUUCCUAUCUCCUGCAGCAUGCCUAUCGGUCGACGAGAGUUGCGCACUAUGCUGAGCUAAGCCUGUUCACACUCCGCAUCCUUGUCGAGGACCCAACUCUCUGCAAGCACAUCUGCAGCGACGAUGGAAAGCGAAGAGUCCGAAUCUGCCGGCAGAGGCAACCCUUCCUUCCAGUCGUCGGUGGUGACCGCAUCCUCGCCACCGUCAUCUUCGACAUCAUGAUCGACACUAUCACACAUAACCUUCGCAAGCGGCUAGACGUGAACCUGUACAGCCACGCAAUCGCCAUUACCCUCCGCCUACUCUCAUACCUUUCAACAAACAAAAUCCGCCUAACAUACCACUGGUCCGAGCUCUGGCGUACCCUCCUCUCCCUAAUGCGCUUCCUAACAACCUACGCAACCGACCUCUCAACGAACCCCAAAAUCCACAACCUAACUAGUUCCCUCGCCGACGUAAUGGCCUUCUGCGUCUCCGGAGGCGACACCUUCCUCCCAGACCCAGCCUCCUAUGACGAUCUCUUCUACAAGCUCGUCGAAACAGGACCCGUCAUCACGAAAUUCCGCGACGCCUACUUCCCCACCUCUUCCACCGGCUCCAAGCCUUCCGAGUCUGCAGCAGUCGACACUCUUCUCUCUGUGUCGACGCACUUCUACACCCUUCUUUUUCAAUCUGACGGGGACCAGGCAGUGGCUGUUGCGACGCCCAGCCCUAAGCCGGAUGGUGAACCAACGCCUGUUGCAUUGCCCUCUAUCAAGAAGAAGAAUCUUAGCCCGCGCGAGGUCCAUCGCAUUAUCAAACAGGGGUACGAUACUUUGAGUAUUCAGCCGCCGGAGGGAUUGAAUGCGUGGUUGCGGUGGAGGGAGACGGAUUGGAAGAGUGAGUUGAAGAGAGCAGCGCGGUGUGCCGUUGAUGAUGCGCGACAGUUAGUUGCCUGA